CGGAGAUGGCUGAAGAUGGGAAUGACGAGACUAUGUUUAUUUGGUGUGAAGAUUGUGGUCAGUACCACGAUUCAGAAUGUCCUGAGCUGGGCCCCGUGGUUAUGGUUAAAGAUUCCUUCGUGUUGAGCAGGGCUCGGUCAUCCCUUCCUUCCAAUUUAGAGAUUAAACAGCUGGAAGAUGGCACCGAAGGUGUAUUUGCAGUCACUCAGCUGGUCAAACGAACCCAGUUUGGCCCUUUCGAAUCCAAGAGAGUUGCCAAGUGGGAGAAGGAGGCUGCUUUCCCACUGAAGGUUUUCCAGAAAAAUGGGCCUCCGGUUUGCUUGGACACCGCCAACGAGGACGACUGCAACUGGAUGAUGAUGGUGAGGCCGGCGGCGGCAUACGAGCACCAGAACCUGACGGCCUUUCAGCACAACAGUGACAUUUACUUCACCACUUCCCGUGAUAUCCCUCCGGGCACCGAGCUGCGAGUGUGGUAUGCGGCCUUCUAUGCCAAGAAGAUGGAGAAGCCAGUGCUGAAACAGGCCUCCGCCGUGGGCAGCGAUGCCUGUCUGGCGGGGAUGGAGUGUGACAAGGAAGGAAACAAAAUCACAUCUAAGCCACCACAUGCAGCCUCCUCCAAUAAGAAGAGCAAAAAGUGCAUUGUGCCCACUGCUGAAUAUGAAGCAAGCACUCCCGAAAACACUGUGCCUACUGAAGCAGAGCCCAGCCAGUGGACAUGUAAAGUGUGUUCAGCCACAUUUCAAGAACCUCAACUACUGACAGAGCACCUGUUGAGCCACCUGGAGCAAGCCAAAGGCACCCCCACAAACAACCAGAAUGAUGUGAGUCCCGAGAAGGAGCCAGAACUGCCUCCUGAAGAUACACCUGUUGUCCCCGAAGGCAUCAGUACCAACAGAGAACCAAAGAAAAAGCCUCGUAGGGGCAGAAAGCCCAAAGCGUCCAAACCAGAACCUCCCCUCAUCAUCAUUGAUGACAAAGAGCCAACAGAUCGAGUAGCAGAAAUUAUCACGGCGAUCCCACCUGAUGAAGCCCUGACCUCAACUACAGAGGAGCGUAUUAUGGAGCUGGUUUUGGGAAAACUGCCCAGCACCACCAACAGCAUAAGUUCUGUUCCACCAAGGUUCACUCAUCACCAGAGCUCCAUGUCCCUGAAGAGGAGUUUAAUUCUUUCGAGCAGACAUGGAAUGCGGCGGAAACUGAUCAAGCAAUUUGGCGAACACAAACGGGUCUAUCAGUGCAACAUCUGCAGUAAAAACUUUCAGAACAGCAGCAACCUCAGCAGGCACAUCCGCUCUCAUGGUGACAAGCUGUUUAAGUGUGAGGAGUGUUCAAAAUUAUUCAGCCGCAAAGAGAGUUUAAAGCAACACGUUUCGUACAAGCACAGCAGAAAUGAGGUGGACAAUGAAUAUCGCUAUAGAUGUGCAACUUGUGAAAAAGCCUUUCGGAUAGAAAGUGCUCUGGAGUUCCAUAACUGCAGAACAGAUGACAAGACGUUCCAAUGUGAGAUGUGUUUCAGGUUCUUUUCUACAAACAGUAAUCUCUCAAAACACAAAAAGAAGCACGGGGACAAGAAAUUUGCCUGUGAAAUAUGCAAUAAAAUGUUCUAUCGGAAGGAUGUCAUGUUGGAUCACCAGAGGCGGCACUUGGAAGGAGUGCGGAGGGUGAAAAGAGAAGACUUUGAAUCCAGCGGAGAGAGCCUGGUCCGCUACAAGAAGGAGCCCUCUGGAUGUCCUGUCUGUGGAAAGGUGUUUUCGUGUAGGAGCAAUAUGAAUAAGCACCUACUGACCCACGGAGACAAGAAGUAUACCUGUGAGAUAUGUGGUCGUAAAUUUUUCCGAGUGGAUGUGCUUAGGGAUCAUAUUCAUGUUCAUUUUAAGGACAUUGCACUAAUGGAUGACCAUCAGAGGGAAGAGUUCAUUGGUAAAAUUGGAAUCUCGUCAGAAGAAAAUGAUGAUAACUCUGAUGAAAGCGCAGAUUCAGAACCACACAAGUAUAGCUGCAAAAGGUGCCAGCUGACAUUCGGCAGGGGAAAGGAGUAUCUCAAGCAUAUCAUGGAUGUUCACAAGGAGAAAGGUUACGGCUGUAGCAUCUGCAAUCGACGCUUUGCCCUGAAAGCAACUUACCAUGCGCACAUGGUCAUUCAUCGGGAGAACCUACCUGAUCCCAAUGUGCAGAAGUACAUUCAUCCUUGUGAAAUAUGUGGAAGGAUAUUUAACAGCAUCGGAAAUCUGGAGCGGCAUAAACUCAUACAUACAGGUGUCAAAAGUCAUGCAUGCGAGCAGUGUGGUAAAUCCUUUGCCAGAAAGGACAUGCUUAAAGAGCACAUGAGGGUGCAUGAUAACAUCAGGGAAUACCUGUGUGCAGAAUGUGGGAAAGGCAUGAAGACCAAGCACGCUCUGCGACACCACAUGAAGCUCCAUAAAGGUAUCAAAGAGUAUGAGUGCAAAGAAUGUCAUCGGAAAUUUGCACAGAAAGUCAACAUGCUGAAACACUACAAAAGGCACACUGGGAUCAAAGAUUUCAUGUGCGAACUAUGUGGAAAGACCUUCAGUGAGAGAAACACAAUGGAGACCCACAAGCUUAUUCACACAGUGGGAAAACAGUGGACCUGCUCUGUGUGUGACAAGAAAUACGUCACAGAAUAUAUGCUUCAGAAACACAUUCAGUUAACUCACGACAAGAUAGAAGCGCAGAGUUGUCAACUGUGUGGGACGAAAGUUUCAACCAGAGCAUCGAUGAGUCGGCAUAUGAGGCGAAAACACCCAGAGGUUCUUUCCGUUAGAAUUGGGGACUUAGAGCACCUCCCAGAAACAACAACUAUCGACGCUUCCUCCAUUGGCAUUGUACAGCCUGAACUCGCUCUAGAACAGGGAGAAUUACCUGAAGGGAAACUUAUGAAAGCUGCUAAACGAGCUCAUAAACGAAAGCAAAAACCGGAUGAUGAGGAGGAAGCGUCGGUGCCAGAGGACCCGGCGUUCACUGAAUUCAGCGAAAAAGAAGCCGAAUUCACAGGGAACGUGGGAGACGAGACCAAUUCGGCUGUCCAGAGCAUUCAGCAGGUGGUGGUGACCCUGGGCGAUCCAAAUGUCACAACUCCAUCGAGUUCGGUCGGGUUGACCAACAUCACCGUUACCCCCAUCACCACCGGAGCCGGGACCCAGUUUACAAACCUCCAGCCGGUGGCCGUGGGCCAUCUCACCACCCCCGAACGCCAGUUGCAACUGGACAACUCGAUCCUGACGGUGACGUUUGAUACGGUCAGCGGCUCCGCCAUGCUGCACAACCGCCAGAACGACAUCCAGAUCCAACCCCAGCCGGAAGCCUCGAACCCGCAGUCGGUCGCCCAUUUUAUCAACCUCACGACCUUGGUGAACUCCAUUACUCCCUUAGGAAACCCCAUAAGUGAACAGCACCCCCUCACGUGGAGGGCAGUGCCUCAGACUGACGUCCUGCCGCCCCAGCAACAGCCGCAACUGCAACAGCCGCAAGCACAGCAACAGUCAGGACAGCCACAAGUUCAGACUGAGCCGCAGCAGCAGCAGCAGCAGAUGUAUAGCUAUUAGUUCUAAAAAUCUUUCAGUGGACUAGAUGAUCUAAAUACAGAAAAAAAAAAAAGUCUUGGAAAACUCAAGAUUGUUGCUGAAUACCAAACAGAAAAAAAAAAACUCUUUUCAUUCAUUAUAUUGAAAUUGAAAGUUGGCCUUGCUAUUGCAAAACUAUUUCCAAAUCCCUGCAUCAUCUAUUUUUUUUUCCAAAAACCAUCCACUUCACUCAGCACCGCGAAGGCUGUAUCCUGGCAAUUAAAAGUUGUAAGUUUGAGCAGAGGGACCACCUCGUACCUUACAUAAAGUAGAAAAACUGCAGAGAGUAAAUAGCACUGGAAACCUUGUGGGGGAAAAAAAAAAUCCCAUUUGAUUUUUGGGGGAAUGGGGAUGGGAAGGUUAUGGGUAAAGAGAGGUAGAUUGGCAUCAGACCCAAGCAGUUUUACACGGCACAUCUUGACCAAAAAAGGAGGCUAAGUGACAGAAUAGAGGUUCUGGAUAUGGCAAAAAAAAAAAAUCAGUACUUUCAUCAAUCAGUGGUAUUUAUUGAGCGCUUUCUGGAUGCACUGUAUAAACGCUUCAUGAAACCAUUACUUUGCAGUGAUGAAAAAACCUUUAAUCACCAAUCUGUACUUUUUCAAACCAGUAGGAAAGUGAAGGUUUUAAAAUAUGUAUUUUUAAUGGUAUUUGAUUCUGUAUUAAAUUGUCUAAAGCUCUGAAUUAAAUCAGAACAUGAGAAGGAGGUGUGUGAACUAUCAAAGUUUAAGCAAUGUGGACAAAGGAAGUCACAUUGAAUAAGUUAUGAAUAAAAUUUUGCCAUAUGGUCUUUUAAAUCUCCUGGAUAUUCCAGGGAGACAUUUUGUAUUCAGUGCCCUAGUCUCUCUAUUCUCGAUUUCAAAGAAAAAAAAGUGAGUCCUACUACUUAGCCACUGUACCCCCAAACCAAUGUACCAGAUGUUAUUUCUCACCCACUAGAGCAUGCUGUUGGCCUGUGGGGGACCUGAGGUGAUAGUGCAGGCAUUAUUAAAACUGAUGCUGCCACUUCCAGAAUCUACUUUGGAACUACCUCAUCAACUUCUUCUGAUGGUAAAUACAACAUGUGCCUCCCGUGCCUGCUAGUAGGAGCUGAGAAUUGGGGUUAUCUUUCGCUGAGAGGAGAUUCUCUUGGAAGGCAGAUGUUUUCGGAGGAUUAGAAAGACGCACUAAUGGAUGCUUAUCCUAAGGCAGCAGAACCCUGAAAGAUAAGUCUCCCAUGUAGAUGUGAGUCGAGAGCAAAACCCAUCUUUCACCCACAUGACACUUCUGGGCUCUGUCUGAAUUAAAAAUUCAGACUUGCCUGAGGAGCGCUUGCCACGGGCAGUAGAAGGAGUCUUUAUUCUGAUGUUGAUAGAAACCAAGAACUUCUGGGGUACUUUGUGGUGUGGGAAUUUCUGUAUUUUACCCAUGAUGUGUAUCUACUGAGACACACGUUAUGUGGAGGCCUAGUGUUUUUGCUGUAGGCUGCCCGAGGGCUGCUUCAGGGUGGCUGUCGGUUCAGGGCUGAGGGAACCAAAGCAACAUAACACCAAAAAUAUGAAGCCUCUACAUUACCAGCCACAAGGCACGUUCCCUUGACAAUAAUGUUAAGAAUAGAUCAUCAGUGAAAAUGGGGUCCCUUGUAAUGUUGGUGACUUCAGUGAGACACACAGUAUGAUUUGUUGAGCAACUGUAUGCCCCUCAGCAUCAAACCCAGGUUCCAGCCCAAGGUCAGAGCUUUGUAGGUAAUGCAUGUACCUUGUUUUUUUUCUGUUUUGUUUUUUUCCAAAGGGAAAGAGGGAAAAGGGAAAAGAGGUUCUUGAAAACAAGUCUUCUAGGCCAAUGGUUUC